GUAACGCGCAUGCGCGCAGCUCCCUGUUUGCCUAGCAACCGCCGCGCGAGCGGAGACUGUCCGGAGAAAUGGCCAAAGCGACCACCAUCAAAGAGGCUCUGGCCAAGUGGGAAGAAAGAUCAGGUGAGAAGGCAGCUGAAGCUGUGGAGGUGAAGUUAUAUGGCCAAGUACCACCGAUUGAGAAGAUGGAUGCGUCCCUCUCUACGCUGAGUAAUUGCGAGAAGUUAUCUCUUUCGACAAAUUGCAUCGAAAAGAUAGCAAACUUGAAUGGACUAAAGAAAUUAACAAUUCUGUCACUGGGAAGGAACAAUAUAAAGAAUUUAAAUGGUCUGGAGGCAGUGGGGGAAACACUGGAAGAGUUGUGGAUUUCGUAUAACUUGAUUGAGAAGCUCAAAGGAAUUCAUGCGAUGAGGAAGCUGCAAGUACUGUACAUGUCAAACAAUCUGGUAAAGGAUUGGGUGGGAGCAAGACUGACAUUACAGCAACAAUUGAGGGGGCUGAAGAAAUACCCUCAAGUACUGAAACAUAUAAACUGUUUUCCUGCCUGUGAGAAAGACUUUUGCUCGAUGCUUGUUCUUGAGAGGUCACUGACUUUACAGCUGCCUUUGGAAGUUUGUACAUCUGAUCUCCAGCUAUGGUCUAUCAGGUCAGCAUUGUAGGUUGUUUGUGGUGUUUUCACUUGGAUGGACAGCAGGAGCAGAAGCAACACCAAGCUUCUCUUGAACCUGUUGCUUCUCAGGUGGAUGAGCAGGAGGUGAAUCCCGCAACACCGGAUGUUCAGGCAGAAGAUCAGCUUGCUGAACAUUAGUAUCUCAGAGGUUCUGGUUAUUAUGUUUUCCAGGCAGUCACUUCUUGACAAUGUUGCCAGCUUGUGAUGUUCUACAAGCACAGAGCGUCUUUAGCUAGAUACAUGAAGCAUUCUAGGCACCUUUCCACCAUCCCUCUUCCCCUGGCCUGUUACCAUGACGAAAAGUAAAAACACUUUCAGCAAAACCUCACUUCCAUGUCUCCAUUCACCUUCAUCUUCUCAUGGCCCAUCUGCACUUGAUGUUUGUGCUGUUGAACUAAUAUUUCAUCACUUCUGUUUAAUGUGGUGCUCAGGGUGUAAGCCAUUGGUGAGGCCCUGUGGCUGCAUGUACUUGAUGUACACGCUUGAUUCCAGUGUUAGAUACUCUGUAGUUUGAUACUGUGCUCUAGAAGUAACCCCUCCAUCAAUGAAUCCUGGAUUCAGUACCUUUGUCCAACUGAGCCAAAGCCCCAGUCUCCUCCAUCCUCUGUAUGGGAUCUUCAUUAUUUUUCUUGUUAGUACCAUUCGUUCACUGUUGUUCACAUGAUAACUGAGACAUCAGAUGAAAACCCUAUCUUUCUUACUGAUCCCACUGAAGUGUAUGUCUAGGUUGGUGCGUAUAACAGUGCACCUUCCAAAAUGUGUAAACUCCAAGAAGGUCUCAUAGUUCUCCCACCCCAUUUCCUGCAAUAUGUUUGAAUGUGGGGGAUUGAAGCCAUGGAUUAAAAUUGGUAGGAAUGUUCCUCUUCAUCAUUAUGUACGUGGUAAUAUUUCACUGACAUUAAGUCUUUUAGUGAGUGUUGUAUACCCUACAGCACUGUGAUAUCUCAUUUCUGUGCUCCCUUUCCUACAUAGAGGGAAAGAAUACUCCACUGAGUGAGUCUAAUGGUGUGUAUUGAACAGAUUGAUGAGAACGUACUUCUUGAGGGUCGCUAUGAGAGAUUAAGAUAAGGUGAUUGUCAGUGUGGAUGUGAGGAAAUAUGUAGUCAAAGGAUGUGUGCAGCUGAAAGUUAAGUUGGUGUGAGCAGUGAUGUGUAAAGGUGGGCUUGAGAAGGCACACUGAGGGGUUGAGGUGAUACAGUCACAUAUAGUUAAAUGUGCCACUAAACUUGCCUUUAUUGCACUGAGGAGGUCAUUAAGUCAUUGCUUGCCACUGUAUUGAGUGUGGCUUCACACCCUCCAGGCACCCCACCCGAUUUCAGCAAAUGCUUCCUUUGAUUAUUAAUAAACUGUAUCUAUUCAUGGUAUCUUAGUCUCCAAACAUCAAUCGCAUUCAGGGAGGUAUCACUAAAGCGAGCUACAGAUAUCUAAUGUUUAAGCGUCUGACAGUUCAAUCUCCACCUCCAGAAUCCAUCAACUUCCACCUUUCUGGGUUAUCAUCUUGCCCACUUUGUCUAAUUUAUGAAGAAAUCCGGAAGUCUGAUGUAAAUGAUUGGGUAAAAAGCCUUUGAUAGUACUGCAGCACUUCUGAGUUUCCCAGGUACAGGACCUUCAAGAUCCCAUCAUGCAAUCAAGUUAAAAUUCUCUUCUGACUCUGUCUUCCUGUCUUCCCCUGUACGCACACAUGUUGAUCUGCCCCACCUCUGUCUGUUGUAAGCACACAAAUUUGAUUGUAUCCUUCUUUUAAC